AUGGCGCUAACGCAGCAAAAAGGUCGCAACAACAAACGAAGACUUCCCGACGACGUAAAAACUUGUAGGAAUUACGCGUACUUGCAGGAAAUUUACGACGCGGUGCGGGCUACAGACAGUGUUAGCACUAAGGAUUUUAUGGCAAAAUUAGGCGAAUAUUUAAUUUUAACGGCGUUCUCACAUAACUGUCGACUGGAGAGAGCGUUUAAAUGUUUAGGCACCAAUUUGACUGAAUUUCUAACUACUUUAGACAGCGUGCACGAUGUUUUACAUGAUCAGGACGAUGCAUUAAAAGAUGAAACGGUGGAGUACGAGGCAAAUUUCGUUUGCACUACAUCACAGGAGGGAAAAAUUGAGCUUCAUCUGACGACAGAGAGUGAACCGGUGGCAUACCUGCUUGUCGGCAGCUUAAAAUCCAUAGCAAGGCUUUUAUAUGACACACAGACGGACAUAAGACUGACAAGUUAUACUAACGAUCCUAGGAGAUUUAAGUACGAAAUAAACGCAGUUCCAUUACAUCAAAAAUCUAAAGACAGUGAUUGUGAGCAAUCAGAGGCAUCGAAUAUUGCGACGUCUACAAAAGUGACAGACUUGAAGAUCGGAGUGGCUAGCUUCUGCAAGGCGUUCCCUUGGCAUUUCGUCACUGACAAACGACUGGAACUCGUGCAAUUGGGUGCUGGCUUCAUGCGGCUCUUCGGUACCUACCUAGCGUCUCAUGGCUCUUCGCUCGGCACCUACUUCAGAUUGCUUCGACCACGAGGCGUGCCCCUCGACUUUCGUGAGAUUCUGAAGAGAGUGAAUACUCCUUUCAUGUUCUGCUUGAAGGUACCUGGAUCGUCUUCACCAGCUGAGGGUCUGGAGAUCAAAGGUCAGAUGGUGUUCUGUUCUGAAUCAGACUCACUCUUGUUCGUUGGAUCACCAUUUCUGGAUGGACUUGAAGGUCUUACUGGCAGGGGUCUCUUCAUAUCUGAUAUACCCUUGCACGAUGCCACGCGAGAUGUUAUACUUGUUGGCGAACAAGCUCGGGCUCAGGAUGGCCUCCGCAGACGCAUGGAUAAGCUGAAGAACUCGAUAGAAGAAGCCAGUAAAGCAGUUGAUAAGGAGAGACAAAAGAACGUCAGCCUUCUGCAUUUAAUAUUUCCCCCUCACAUAGCCAAGAGACUGUGGUUAGGUGAGAAGAUUGAAGCGAAGAGUCAUGAUGACGUCACAAUGCUGUUCAGUGAUAUAGUUGGCUUUACUUCAAUAUGUGCUACUGCUACUCCUAUGAUGGUCAUUGCUAUGCUCGAGGAUUUAUACAGCGUGUUCGAUAUCUUCUGCGAGGAACUUGAUGUUUAUAAGGUGGAAACAAUAGGCGAUGCGUACUGCGUGGCUAGCGGGUUACAUCGCAAGAUUGAUACUCACGCGCCGCAGAUCGCUUGGAUGGCAUUGCGCAUGGUUGAAACUUGUGCCCAGCAUUUAACACAUGAAGGAAACCCUAUAAAGAUGCGCAUAGGUCUUCAUACUGGGACGGUUCUAGCUGGAGUAGUCGGAAAGACCAUGUUGAAGUAUUGCCUAUUUGGACAUAAUGUCACACUUGCCAACAAGUUCGAGUCCGGAUCUGAACCUUUGAAGAUCAACGUCAGUCCAACUACUUAUGAGUGGCUAAUAAAAUUCCCGGGCUUUGAGAUGGAGCCCCGGGAUCGUUCGUGUCUACCAAAUUCGUUCCCAAAGGACAUCCCGGGAACGUGUUAUUUCCUUCACAAGUAUUUACACCCGGGCACCGACCCCUCAGCUUCCCAGGUCAAGCAUAUACAAGACGCCUUGAAAGACUUCAACAUUGGUCAGACAAAACCUGAUGACAUAGAAAAUGAUGAAUCGAGUGGAGCAACCGAAUCUCAGAACUAAAAACCCAAAAUCGAUUACAAAAUAAAAACAGAAUUAAUUGUAAAUACUUACCUCAAAAAUUGCUUUGUUCGUGAUUUUUUUUUCAUGUAAAAAUGUCACUUAAAUGUUAUAAUACUCUUAGAUUUUAGGCGUUUUUCCUUUGACGUUGUUAGUUAAGGAUUCUGUGGCUAUGUUGUUGAAACUGAUUGCUUUUCUAUUAGAUGUAUGUAAUUUAGGGCUAAUAAUUAUUGAUAUUGCGUACAUAUUACAAGCAUAGCGUAUUUUAAUUCACUAAUAGUGACAUUUGAAUGUUUCUGUCUAUUAUGUAUAUUGAUUUUGAAAUCAGUACCUCUGAAUAUUCCUAAGUAUUUAAAUGUACCUUCCUUCUGUAUUUAUUUUCUAUCUAUCUUUUUGCUAAAGUAUUUAAAAAAAAUGCCAAUCGCAGAUAGAACUAUGGUUUUGUAGAUAUGAACAGUGCUAUAAGCCAAAUGACAUUACAGAGCUUGUCUCUAUUCUUGCGAGAAAAGAAAACUCAAUAUGUGGUUCAAUAUUGACGGAAAUUUGGCACAUGCCAGUCUCAUCCAGGGGAGGCCAAAUCCCACACCUCCCAUUCCCAAUCCGUAAAUCCUACAAUCUCCAAAAAAUCCUCUGAUAUUGCGGAUGUCCAUGUUUAUAGAUACUUGUUGGCCAACUUUGUCUCAUACAAGAAAACCUAUGCAUUGUGUUUUCGCCCCUCUUGGUAGACAAGCACCUGGAUGCCAUUAGGCUUUUAACACUGUUUUGCUGCUAAAAGAGACAUUACCUAGGGAAAAUUUUUGAGUCGCAUAUCGGCAACAUUGUUUUUUUUUUUUUGGUCUGUAAGUAAUUCAAAAGUAAUUUUGUUGACUAAAGUAGAAGUUAUUAACCUCAUUCCAAAAAGGUUUUAGCCUUUAACUCAUGUAAAGCGUAGUUCACAUUACUCUUAUACAUUUUUACCAACACAUUUUCGUAUAGAAGUAAUUUAUAGUGAUCUGUGUGAAGCUUUACUAUGUAAUCUUAAGAAAUAUGUACAUAACGUUGAACCUGGGAUAAUUACGACUUACAUAGAUAGUAAUGCGACGCUGUAGAUAAAGGUAAAUGUAAAUUAAAUAAAUGUUUUGCUUAUAGAUAUAACUCGUUCAGAAUAUAAUAGAAAAAAAACAUUAUAAGUACGGUACAUAAAAUUUGAAUUCAGAAUAGAAAAUAGUUGGAACAGAUGUAUUUGUAGUAUUUUUCCUAUUUAUGUAAAUUUUUUUUUCGUUUUCGGCUACUUAUGUGAAAUUAAAAUCAAAAUGUGUUAAAAACUUUUUUAUAAUUUCUUUUUCUAGUGAUGUUGUAAUUCUAAAUUCAAAUUAAAGUUGUCAUUUCCAAUUUUGAAUCAUACUAACUUUUUUCGUGGCCAUUUUUUUUCACUUCUUAGUAUUUAUCUCGACGCUAAGAAUUUCGACGAAAAACUUUUUAUACUACCUAUAUUUUCAUUUAUAAUAUAUUUAUUGUUAUACUAUAGUGUUAAGUAAAAUUGUAUAUUAAACUUCUGAACACUAUACAUACUUAUAAAAAAGCGUAUGUUCUAAAAUAGUUAAUGUGCUUACUGCGUACCUUGAAUACUGUUAGGUAUUGUAAUUAAUUAAAGUAAAUAAAUAAAAAUAUUGAUUUUCAUAUCUUUAUCAAGAGCUAAAACACUGCGUUCAACAUUACGGGUACAUUAGCACUCAUAGGAACCAAAGAACCAAAUAAACAGGUUCAAAUUAAAAUCUAAAAGUAUAUUCGUAAGUCCACCUUAUUUAGACGCUUUAUAUUAUAAUGUAGUCGAUCAAUACAUUGGAUGGUUGUAUGUCAUUGUAAAAAUCAUAAUACGACCAAUUUGUGAUGUCACUAUUCAUGUAUACUUUUGACUUUAUAUCCUCUAUAACGAAUGAAAAAUAUUCUAGAAUGUUCUAGAGACUCUUCAAACAUACUCACAGGCUAUUUAUAUAGGUACUCAGUAUUUUAUAAAAUACAUAGCCAUAAACAUUCCACAUUUAAAAAAAAAACAUUUAAAUUUUUGCAGUGUUGUGAUUUAGUGUAUUAGAUUAAAUUGUGUAAAAUAAACCGUUUCUUUGCUAAGAUAAAGUUCAUAUUGCUAUGCUUGAAAGUGUUUGCGUCACAUAUCGCGUAGGUUAUAUUUAACAUUGUCAUCUAGUCACUAAAUGUAAGUAAUUU